AUGCUCAAGACGGUUGCUAAGAGUGGGAACCGUUAUUGGAAUAAUGUUCUACGGCUCGUUACAAAAAAUAAUUCUCAUCAACAUUCAUUAAACACCUCAAGUUCACAAAAUCAUCAAUAUCAACAACAAGAAGUUGAAUCAGAUCAACAUAUAUCAAGUGGUACACCACGAUUUUAUUAUAAACCAAUAACAAAUUCAACAUCAACACCUUCAUCAAUUAAUUCAUCUAAAAAAAAAUCAAAUUCAGAUUUUUUUAAAUUUGAAUAUAGUUUUGCAAGUUUUGUUCAUCAUGGUCGUGGUUCAUCAAAACCUUUAAUUUCUUCAUUAAUGGAUUUAACAGAUUCUUCAAAUAAUCUGUCAUUAUUACCAAGAAGAAGAUUAUAUGGGAAUCCUAUUGAAACUUUAUCUAUAAAGAAUGGUGAUGAUGCAAUGAUUGUUUCACCAAAUUUAAUUGGAGUUGCAGAUGGUGUUAGUGGAUGGAGUGGAGCUCAUGCAAAUUCUGGAUUAUUUGCACGUUCAUUCUUGGAGAAUAUAAGUAGAAAUUUUAGUGAAUUAUCAUUUUAUAAUUCAAAUGAUUUAUCCAAGAUUAAAGAAUCUGAUUUAUCAAAUAAUUUAGAUUAUGCAUAUAAAGAUUCUUUACAAAUUAUGAAGAAUGAUAAUUUUAAUGGUUCAUCAACUUUACUCUUGGGGAUGAUUAUUGAUAAAAAUUUAAAAAUUAUGAAUAUUGGAGAUUCUAAAAUUUUCAUUAUUAGACAAGGUAAAAUUGUUAAAACAAAUAAAGAACAAUAUAUUUCAAAUUUUAGUCCCGAACAAGUUGGUACUACAAUUAAAACAGAAAAAUUACCAUCAUCAGUUGUUCAAUUUCAAGAUUUCCCCUUGGAACAAGAUGAUUUAAUCUUGAUUUGUUCAGAUGGUGUUACAGAUAAUUUAUAUCAAGAUGAAAUUUUAGAUAUUAUAAUGGGGAAAUUAAAUAAAGAUUUAACAAAUUUACAAGAAGUUUCAAAUCAUUUACUUUAUAAAACUAAAAAUAUUGCAUAUGAUAAUUAUUGUGUUUGUCCAUAUGUUGAAAAAGUUAAUGAAUUAAGUAAUCAAUUUAUAACUGGUGGUAAAUUAGAUGAUAUAUCAAUUUGUAUUUCAAAAGUAAUGUUGAAUGAAUGA